ACCUAUCCCUAGUAUUUGAUUUAAAAGUACAUCAUGCUCGUGUUUUAAAAUGUUCUAUUAUAUAUGAACUGAUGCAGAAUUGUCUGCUCUACAAAAUAAAGCAAGAUUUAUUUUGGGACUGCCAUAUACGUGGUCUUUGUUUAAAAAAUACUGAAGAAAAUGCAUAUUUUAAAAUAUGAAAUGUUUAAAGAAUGGCUUGUGGAUAAUGGAUUUGAAGGUCGAGUGCAAAUGACAAAAUCAUAUAAUAAUUUGGAAGUUAAAAGUCAAAUGAAGGAGGCUGCUCGAAUGUUGUACUUUGCUUUUUUUGCGUUGAUACAACACUUUUAUUACUUUUGAAUGGUUGAUGUCUUGUUUUAUUCUAAAAUAUGGUACUUGUUUGUUUCAGUUUUCGACAUCAAACAAAACAAAUUUUGCUAUUUAUUAUUGGUUUAUUGGCACCAAAUGAUACAAAUGAUGUUUGGAAUGAUAUUAAUGGUGAUGAAAUCGAGCACAAUAAACAUAAGUACGAUCAAGAUUUUGAUGCUGUAAUGGAAGCCAUCGCCGAUGCUUAUUCACGAUCAGAACAUUGGUCUACAAAAGGUCAAAUUCUAUCAGUAGUUGCAGCUGAUUUACCAUAUCGUAAAAUUCAAGGAUUUAUUCCUGAUUUAACAAAUUGGAAAUUCAUAGCUGCGCGCAAAGAGACUCAUUUUAAAGGUCGUGGUGCAACUGUUGUUCAAGAACGAUCACUAACGGUAAAAUAUACA